UGGGUUUUCUCUCCAGCUUGAGCUCUGCUAAACGCCACUCGCUCCCUGCGCUCGGUCACAUAACAGUCGCAACCAGUGUUCCUCCUCAUUUUCAUAAUAAUUCUACAUUAAUUAUCCUUGCAUACUGAGAUUCGGCAACGAUGUUAUUAUUUAAUUUAGCCGCAUUUUUUGCGGUUUUUCUGAUGGGAGGUGCGGUGCCUACGCCAACAAAUAAAGAUGAUGGCGGCCCAAUUGGUGAGCUUCCCGAGAAUUGGGACCAGACAAAAGACGACACUCAAUCGCUUUUCCUGAAUAAGAGCGAUAAAAAUGACUUGGAGCCUUACCCGUUGGCUCUAAGCGAGGAAGGAAAUUCCGAAGGAUUCGAACAGAGCGUAGAUCAGAGAUUCGAUUCCCCGCAGCCCAACGGGGAGCUCGAUAACUUGAUCAUGAGGCCGGAAUUGUAUGGUGAGCCCCCAGCAAUGGAAGGUUUGGCGACCAGCUACGACUCACGCCGCCGCAAACGAGGAAGUGGAACUAAAGUCGGCGGCGCGGGGGCCGCUACUAAAGUAGCCACCAAAUCUGGCUCGGGCAAGAAAAAUCUGAAACCGGAGGAGCACGAUGCUCUCUCGCCCGUGGAUUCGAUGACUCACGAACACGACGCACACCGCCGCAAGCGCGGCAGUGGCACAAAGGUGGGCGGAGCGGCCGCCUCUGCCAAAACAGCCACCAAAAAUUCCGGUGGAAAUAAAAAGAACUUCAGGCCUACCUCAGAACGUCGCAAACGAGACUCUGGUCUAAGCGCAGCCGAUGUCCGAGCUCUGCUCAACUUGUGGGAGGCACAGGAACGCAAGAAACAAGAAUGGAACGCUCAGAACCAAUGGGUUCCUGAACGCUAUUACGGAGUUGGACAUGUAAACCCCGAGGACGAACAGCCCGAGGUAGAUGAGAAUGGAGACAUCUGGUACAGCGAACCUGUUGUCAUCUCACCACGUGAACGAGAUUACCCUCGCCACUCAUACUUCUCUGAACAGAACCGCAUGGCCCUCGCCCAUGGUUAUCCCGACAUGUACCAAGUUGGCCCGGCAGAGUUAGCGCAACGGUAUGAGGAGGCUCGUCGCAAGAGGCAAUAUGCUAACAAGAUGAAGCGAUUCAUGGUCGCCAGGAAACGGUCGGACAGCAUGAUGAACCACCAAAACAGUUACAGACCCCGCGACGACCUGUACACUCUCGCCGAGCUGCUACGCUCAGCUCCGCGGGUACAAGAACAAGACAUUCCUGUAUAUCGGCGACUGAUACUGUAAAGCGUUGUUUGAAAGCGGUGUCCAUUCUCAACAACCUGUGAUUCCUUUAACGGUCAGGUCUUUGAACAAUCAGCCAGAACGGAACAUUAAGCGAACCAGCACAUAGAGUCGUGGCCAGGCUUGUUGUCGGAUGGACGCCAGAGCGGGUUUUGAUUUGGAGUGGGAGAUUGUCGUGCAUUUAAUUCGCAGUUUGUAGCGGAUACCUAACAAACCUUAGUGAUAGGAAUAGUAUAUUACAGUGUCAGAAUGUUUAAUAUUUUCUUAUUUUACAUAAAUUACAAUUUUAAGGCCUAAGUAGUAUACCAAUUAUGAAAUUCGCUACUAUUAAUUACUAAAAUUGUUACAUUUAUUUUUAUAUUUUUGAUUUGGUAACUUCUGCUAAGAGGUGUCAUUUAUGUAAAGUUUGUGGAUUGUUCCUAUGUUCUUCUUGGAGUACCUCGGUUUUCAGCAUAUCUGUUACUUAUAAUUUAUGAAAUGUAACCAAGUUUUAC